AUGAAAUUCUUUACUAUAUUCCUUCUCUUGGGCCUAUUGGUAAUGGCUUUGGGCCAAGCCGCUGAAGGAGAUGCAGCAAGCAGUGAUGUAGCACCUCCCGAGGAACCAGCAGCUCCUGCUGAAGAACCAGCAGCACCUGCUGAAGAUCCAGCUGAAGAGCCACCAGCACCAGCUGAAGAACCUCCAGCACCAGCUGAAGAGCCUUCAGCACCAGCUGAAGAACCUCCAGCACCAGCUGAAGAGCCUCCAGCACCUGCUGAAGAAGAACCUGCUUCCGAAGAAGAAGAGGAACCUGCUUCUGAAGAAGAUGACGAAGAACCAGCUGAGGAGGCAGAAGAACCUGCAGCCGACGAACCUGCCGCUGAAGAACCUGUACCCGAAGAACCUGCCGCUGAAGAACCUUUACCCGAAGAACCUGCCGCUGAAGAACCUCUACCCGAAGAGCCUGCUGCUGAAGAACCUGCUCCUGAAGACUCUGCCGUAGCCCCUCCUGAGGAACCCGCACCACCAACCGCUGAAGAACCUGCUCCAGUCCCACCUAAAAAACCUGGCAAACCUAAUAAAAAUAAGCCAAAGAAGCCCAAGAAACCUAAGAAGCCCAAGAAGCCAAAGAAGGCUGGUAAGGGUGGUAGAGGAAAAGGUAAGGGCAAAGGUAGAGGCAAACCUAAGCAAGCAAAAGGCAAGGGUGCCGGUAGACAGGGUUAA